AUGAGCAUUUAUUGGAGUCAAGGAAUUAGUGCAGCUGAGAUGAAUAUUGAUUCUCAGAAAGGAAAUGAAAAUGGGAAAGCAACUGUAAACUUCGGUGCUGUUUCCAUGCAUUCAAGCCCAGAAGAUCAUAGGCUGCCAAACAAGAAAGCUUUGAAAUACAUGGAAUGCCUCAAGAAUCAUGCAGCAGCCGCAGGUGGACAUGCCACGGAUGGAUGUGGCGAGUUCAUGCCCGGUGGUGAAGAAGGAACAAUAGAAGCCCUUAAAUGCUCAGCUUGCAACUGCCACAGAAACUUCCAUAGAAAAGUGAUAGAAGGAGACUGUUCUUCUCAGAGUUAUCACUCUUUUUUUCUCGUUAAUGGUGAGAAACUUUUUACCUCAGCACAUCAACAUAAUACAACACAUCAGGUGACAGUAUCACCCCCUAAAGUUCAAUUAUUACAAACUUCAGAAAAAGAUGAGCAAGAAGAAGGGGUUCAUCCUGAGGCGAAAAUAAGGCCACAUGAUGCGGGAAAAAGGAGAUCCAGAACAAAGUUCAGCCAAGAACAAAAGGAAAAGCUGUGGAGCUUUGCUGAGAAAGUGGGGUGGAAGAUACAAAAGGCAGAUGACUCUGCAGUUAAUGGUUUCUGCCAAGAGAUUGGCAUCAGGAGGAGAGUCCUCAAGGUUUGGAUGCACAAUAACAAACACAACUUGGCCAAGAAAAACUCCUACCCAUGUUGA